GGUCAGCGUUCCCGAGGGGGCAGAGGUCACCUUCUUGUGCAGCUUCCCCAACACCAGCACCCCGACCAUGCUCAACUGGUACCGGGGCAGCCCCAACAACCAGUCGGUCAAGCUGGCCGCCUUCCCCAAGGACAACGGCAAGUCGUCCCUGGACCCCCGCUUCAACAUCACCCAGGAGGGCGGCAAGCCCACCUUCCGCCUGCGCAUCAGCGCCGUCUACCGCAACGACAGCGGCAACUACUACUGCGGCGCCAUCCACCUUCCGCCCCAGACCCAGAUCUCCGAGAGCCCCUGCGCCCAGCUCACCGUGACGGACCGUGUCUCUGAACCACCCACCGCACACCCCAGCCCCUUGCCAGGGGGCGCAGGUCACCUGCAGGUCCUGGUCGUCAGCGUCACCAGUGUCCUGGUGGGCAUCCUGCUGCUGCUGCUGCUGGCCUGGGUCCUGAUCACCGUCUUCCCUAGGGGCAUGCAAGGGCCUGGUGGAGCACGCAGUGAUGACACACCUCUGAAGGAGGACCCCUUGGCCUUGCCCGUGCCCACCGUGGACUACGGCGAGCUGGACUUUGAGCGGCGGGAGAAGACGCCAGAGCCCCCUGCCUCCUACUUCCCUGAGCAGACCGAGUACGCAGUCAUUGUCUUCCCGGACGGCGUGCCCCCUGGGGGGCAUAGGGGCUCAGCUGAAGGCGUGUGGGGACCCCGACCUCUGAGGCCCGAGGACGCUCACAGCUCCUGGCCCCUUUGACCAUGUGAGGGAGCACAGGACAGUGGGGCCACUUGAGGGUGAACCCUAUUCCCGCAUGGCUGACAGCACCCUGGACUUGGUGCUUCCAGCCAGCAUGAGCACAGCUGUGCUUUGAGUCCCCUACAGGGAGGAAGCCAGGGCUCGUGUGGGCAGGCCAGCCGCCGCAAGUCCAGUGUGGGCACAACCUACCAGGGGCUGCUGAGAACACACCGUGGGAACAAGCUGCCCAUUCUCCCAGGGUGGUCACUGCCCUGCCAGGCACCCCAAGGAGUGGGGCCCACAGAGCCUUGUCCAGCCCACACAUAGACAUCUGCUGUCCAGGCCUGUGGCCGGGGAGGACAGCCCUCCCCAUUAGGUCUAUGAUAUUCUAUAUUAUAAUUAAAUAACACUGACACUCUG